GAACCUGAAGAGUAGAGAAGAGAAAGAAGAAUCCUUUGGGAGCUGCUGGUUCCAAAGAUUUAGAGCCUCACGAAUGGGAAUUAGAAAUUCAUCUCUUUUGGGAUGGCAGGGAGCUGCCACGGGAAGAUCAGAUCAGUCCCUGGGGGCCGCAUCCACGAGCUCCCUGCAGGGGACGGUGCGGGUGGCUCCGUGUCGCUGCGGGGACCGGGCCACCUGCGAGUGCCUGGUGGCCUCCCCGAGCCUCAACCGCACCUACGUGCUGUGGCUGGAGGUGCUGGCAGGUGCCACGGCCCUGGGCUCGCCGCCGAUGUCCCUGCAGCCCGCCGAGGUCGUGAGGCCUGAAGCGCCCGUGAAGCUGCACCUGGAGCUGGCUGAGAGGGGCCAGGUGAAGCUCUGCUGGUCCAGCCCUGCGCUGCUGCCCUUCCCUCUGCAGCACCAAGUGAGGAUCUCUGCUCCUCCAGGACACGGGGACAGCCAGAUGCUUCAGGCAGCUCUGGAAAGCUCAGUGGCCUUGGACAAUGCCCUGCUGGACUCUCCCUCCUCAGUGCAAGUGAGGAGCAGGACUCUCCGUGGUCCAGGCUUCUGGAGUGACUGGAGCUCUCCCUACAACCUCACCUUGGGAGCUCAAGUCCUGUACUUCCCUCCCAAGACCCUGACCAGUGCUGGCUCCAACAUUUCAUUUCUGUGCAUCUAUAAAAACCAAACGCAGCCCGUAGAGGCCCGGGAGGUGGUUUGGUGGCUGAACUUAGCAGAAGAAAUCCCAGCCAGCCAAUAUUCCCUUGUGAACAAUCGUGUAAGCAAAGUUACUCUUUACAACUUGAAAGCAACCCAGCCUAGAGGAAGUUUCUUCUAUAACGCUUUGUACUGUUGUCACCAAAGUAGGGAAUGUCACCAUAGAUACGCUGAAUUCUAUGUAGUAGACAUGGAUUUUAAUAUCUCCUGUGAGACUGAUGGAUACUUGACCAAAAUGACUUGCAGAUGGUCUGCAAACCCGACCACCUCGCUCCUGGGGAGUUUGCAGCUAAGAUAUCACAGGAGCCAAAUUUACUGCUCCGACUUUCCAAGCCCACCUCCAAACUCGGAAGUGAAGGAAUGCCGUUUGCAGAGGGAUCAUUCCUACGAGUGCACAUUCCAGCCCAUUUUCCUUUUAUCUGGAUACACCCUGUGGAUUGAGUUCCGGCAUUUCCUGGGAACGCUGGAAUCCUCCCCGACUUGUGUCAUUCCAGCAGAUGUGGUGAAGCCUCUCCCCCCUUCCAACGUGGGAGCGGAACUCACCAGGAAUGUGGGGCUGCUGAACGUGAGCUGGACCAAGCCUGCCUUUGCCAACAGGGACCUGGCAUUCCAGAUCCGCUGGAAUCCAGGGAACAGGCAGGACAUUCCAUGGCAGCUUUCCGAGGUCCCAAGCCCCGCAGGCAGCUGGGCUGUGGUGGCAGUGGAGCAGCUUUGUGUGGAGUACGCGGUGCAGGUGCGCUGCAGGGAGCUGCACGGAGCCGGAUACUGGAGCGACUGGAGCAGAGCAGCCCAAACCCUCGUUCAGGAUAUCAGAGCUCCCCUGCAAGGCCCGGAGUUUUGGAGAAUCGUUUCUGAGGAUCCGGCGAGGAAGCAGAGGAAUGUUACGCUGCUGUGGAAGCCCCUGAUGGAGAAUCACUCGUUGUGCAGCGUGAGCAGAUACAUCAUAAAGCACCAGACCCCAGGGAACUCCUCCUGGGAGGAGUUUGUGGAUCAUGGCACCAGCUGGACUUUUCCAUGGGUUGAGCCAACCCACACCAUCACCAUCUUAGCCAUGAAUUCAGUUGGAAUUUCUGCAAUUAAUUCUAAUUUAACUCUAUCCCAGCAAAUGAGCACAGUGGAUGCUGUGCAAUCCCUGAGUGCUUACCUGGUGAACAGCACUUGUGUGGUUUUGGUUUGGAGUCUCUGCCCCCAAAUCCCUGGGAUAAAAUCCUUUGUGAUUGAGUGGAAGAACCUGAACAAAGAGGAGCAGAUGAAAUGGCUGCAAGUUCCUCCAGAUCUCAGGAAAUAUUUUAUUUAUGAUCACUUCCUCCUGAUUGAGAAGUACCAGUUCAGCCUCUACCCUGUGUUUGCUGGAGGAGUUGGCAAAGCCCGAGCCACGGAUCAGUUUGACAAAGGGGGAUUUGAAACUGGGGGUAGUGGCAGCCUCCACGUGGUUCUGCCAAUUGUUUUUUCCACCUCAAUUUUGCUGCUGGGAGCGUUGCUGGUUUCACACCAAAGGGUGAAGAAGCUGCUCUGGGAGGAUGUUCCCAACCCCAAGAACUGCUCGUGGGCACAGGGAGUUAAUUUCCGGCAGCCUGAAACUCUGGAGCAUCUCUUUGCCAAGCACCCCGAGCUGACGUCGUGCGAGCCGCUUCUCCUGGGGGCAGAGUUGGUGCUGGAAGACAUCAGCGUCACCAAAACCUCGGGAAAAGAAGAGCCUGGGGAUUUCUUAGGAGUUGACCCCACCUUUCCAAGCCCCCAGGACUCGGAAUGUGACUCCGCGUGCUCCAGCAGCCACUUCCAGAGCAGCGGCUUCUCCAGGAGCUGCCAGGACGGAGAAACCACGGCUCAGUGCGACCUCAAAUACGCCACUGUCGUCAGCAAUUCCCGCUCCAGCGGGCUUUGCCGACGGAAAACCAACCCAAGGAGCUGCCUGGAUAGGUGCUUCCUAGGGGAAGACUCCAUAGCUCUAGGAGCCUUCUCCAGUGGUGUUUGGGAGGUCGGGGAUGGGGCAUUCCUGGUGUUCCCUGGCUCCCAGCCCAGCAGGGCUCUGUCCCUGGUCUCCUCCGAGGGAUUCUCGGAGCCUUUGGAUGAAGCUUUCCCGGCUGGCGCCGAGCGGAGCCUGUAUUACCUGGGGAUAACAGCCCUGGAAAAAGGACAGAGGGAAGAUUUCCUGACAGAAAGCUCCAGGGGGACGUGUCAGCUGCAAAGCACGGAUCUGCUCACCCAGAGAGGGCUUCUCCAGCGCAUCCCAACCAAUGUCAAGGAGUUCAUCCAAAGCAGCCUCAAGCCUAACCCCACCGUUCCCUAUGUUCCGCAAUUCCGGGUGGCUACAGCCAAAGGGCAGGAGGCCACGGAGAAGAAGUGACACAAUCGCCCCCAAAUUUGAUCUUCCUGAAGUUUUUUCCAGGUGUUGAUGCAUUCCCCAGUUUUCCCUCUCUUGAUUUAUCCAGCUUGUUCUGGUUUUAGGCUUCACCUGGAACGCCCAAGGGUGAGAGAGCUGAUCGUGGCCUGGAAUAUUUCUGUGGGAGAAGAGCUGGGAUGCGCCAUUUCCCUGGGAACCAUUGGUGCCAUCGAGUCAGCCUGGAUGGGGUGGGGAGGAAUGGAUCAAGGAGCGGAGAAAGGCUCAGGGUACUGCAGGAAGAGGAGGAGGAGAAUCCAGAUUCCUGGGUCUACAUUAAUUGGAUAAAGUGAUGUAUUUAAAGUAUCCACAUUUUCUUGCGGAACGCAAGAUUCCAAAUGGUGCCGUUUUACACUGACAUCUCUUCCCAAGCUCUUUCCUAAGAUUCCAUGGGAGAAAAGGUAGGAAUUUGUUCCAAGGACCCUGCAUUUUUGAUUUUGGGGGAUCCAACCUGUCUGUCUGGCCUUGGAGAAGUCACCUUGCCUCUACAACCCUGCCAGGAAGCCUCAGGUGGGAGUGGAUCAGGUCUGGAUUUUCUGGGAGAAGCAGGAAAACAAACCCACACCUAUUUGCAAGCCAAAGCGAUUUUUCUUGGUUUUUUAUUUUAUUUCAUAGUCCAUAAAUAUUUUUCUACACCUGCCUUUUCAGAGAACUAUUUUGAGGAGCGAAGGAGGAUGAAUUUGUUGUGUAAUCCAAAGAAUAAAUUUCUGUCAAGCUUCACAGAGACAACACCAAAAGGGCAAAACCGACGCUGAGAACCAAAGCAAGGGUGAAUUUAAACCCAGCUUAACACAAAACCCCACUGCUGGUUUUUGUCAAGCUGCUGACCUGGCUCUUAGGGGGCUCUUCCAUGCUGGAUGUGACACAGAUCUGAUGUUGUGGCUCCCAAAAUACCGAAGGAAUUAAAACCUGGUGUGUGCUGGGAACCAAAACUUGUCCCUGUGAUGGGAGAGAAACCUGCAGGCUCCUGUAGCUGUGAUGGAUCCUGGAUUUAGGAGUCACUUCCUGCUGUUGGGGAGGGACAAGGAGAGCCCAUUUCUCUGGAGAAUGGAAUGAUCCUUCCCUGGAGGUGUCCAGAAAAAUUAUUUGGUUGUGUUUGAAGAUCAUCUUUCUCCAGAAAUAAAAAGCUGAUGUUGAUUUUAGCCUGCCCAGUCCUUUCCCAGCAAUUCCAUAGGAACAGGGGACUAUCACACCAUGGGAGCGAUCAGCUGAGGGACCAGGGAAGGUUUUCCUGGGAAGACGGGAAAAUUGAGGAAUUAGGAGACGUGCAGGAGGUCUCUCCUCAGUGGACACUUCGGUUUCACCUCCCUUGGGAGCCCAGCCCGUCCUCCCCCUGCCAUCCCAUGGUUUUCCUAAUGGCCAGAGCAGGUGGUGCUCCUCAGGAAAACCAGUGGAUCUCCUCCGCGAAAAA